UAAACGAAGCAAACACCGAGGGAUAACAUUUGCUAUCAACAGAAAUCUGGGUUUUAUUUCGCCUCGUAUUCGACACAUUGAUCUUGCAGUCGUCGUGAUUCGUCAGAUCCCUCAGUGUGGGAAUGGGAAAUGAUGGAGGAUAAAGGGCCUCGUGUAGCCGACUACUUUGUGGUUGCCGGCCUCACUGACUUGUCCAAGCCUCUGGAGGAGGAGCUCCACUUUGACGACGCCGGUCCCAAGUCUGUGAAACCCAACGCCCCCAUCACCGACGUAGCUGUGGUGAUCCGCUCCCUGGGUGAAGAGGUACCCCCGGGAUUCACCUGUGUGGAAAGCACUCCCUCAGGCCUCUCUGCUGAGCUCAAUGGAGCCAGCCUCAGGGGCCCGCAGAUCUUCCUGUGUUUCAAGCGAGGCAGAGAUAAGCCUCCACUGACAGAUCUUGGGGUUCUGUAUGAGUGGAAAGAGAAGCUGAAGCCUGGAUGUCACAUCGUCCAGACCACGCCCUCAGGUCGCCCUGCCAACAUCAGCAGCUCGUCCUCCCAACGCAUCUACAUCACCUACCGCCGUGCCCCGAAGAGCCAGCCCCACACUUCACUGGCUGUCACUGAUGUCUGCAUCAUCAUCCCAGGCAAGGGGGAGACACCCCCUCACACCUUCUGCAAGGUGGACAAGAACCUCAACAGCAGCAUGUGGGGAUCUUCGGUCUACCUUUGUUACAAGAAAUCUCUGGCUAAAGCAAACACAAUUGCAUACAAAGCAGGUCUGCUGUGCAGGUACCCUGAAGAGGACUACGAGUCCUUCCCACUGCCUGAGUCAGUGCCUAUGUUCUGCCUGCCCAUGGGGGCUACGAUCGAGUGCUGGCCAGCGCACACCAAACACUCCCUGCCUGUUUUUUCCACAUUUGUGCUGACAGGGGCCUCUGGAGAAAAGGUGUACGGAGCAGCCAUCCAGUUCUAUGAGCCUUACUCAGAGGAGAAUCUGUCUGAGCGUCAGCGCUCACAGCUCGGCCUGCCAAGCUCUGAUCUCGGACCUGACGGGACCAGAAGUGUUUACAGCAACAAGAGCAUCUGUCUGCUCUCCCACUGGCCCUUCUUCCAAUCCUUCAGGAGCUUUCUAACGUUCCUCUACCGAUACUCCAUCUCUGGGCCACAUGCUCUGCCUAUUGAAAAGCACAUCUUUCACUUCAUGCAAAGUGUGCCAUUCCCCUCCACUCAGAGACCACGCAUCCUAGUGCAGCUGUCUCCACAUGACAGUCUGAUGCUGAGCCAGCCUGUCUCCUCUCCGCUGCCUCUCAGUGGUGGAAGCCUCUCCACAUUACUGCUGAAUCUGGGCCCGAAAAACGCAGCCACUCUUCUGGUGUUGGCUGUUACAGAGCACAAGAUCCUGGUUCAUUCCUUGCGUCCAGCUGUACUCACCAGUGUCACGGAGGCCCUUGUGUCUAUGAUCUUUCCCUUCCACUGGCCGUGCCCCUACAUCCCUCUGUGCCCGCUGGCCCUGGCCGAUGUGCUCAGUGCACCAUGUCCUUUCAUUGUGGGUGUGGACUCCAGAUACUUUGACCUUUACGUGCCCCCAUCUGACAUCAGCUGUGUGGAUCUGGACACCAACACUAUCUCCCAAAAAGACGACAAGAAGGCUUUAACGUGGAAAAUCUUGCCGAGGAGAGCCUGCAAAUAUCUUCUGAAUACCCUGAAUAAGCUCUAUCAACAGCUCACUGAGGGUGGUCAGCUGAACCGUGAAGAUGUGCAGAUGGAGCACACAGUGACUGACAGUGAGCUCAACGGGGGGAAGAGCCUCCACACUCUGGAGCUGGAGAUCCAGGAGGCCUUCCUGCGGUUCAUGGCGGCCAUCCUACGAGGAUACCGCUCCUACCUGCUGCCCAUCACCCAAGCCCCCUCUGAGAAGACCACAGAUGCCAGCUCUCUCUUCGACAUCCAAGGCUUCCUGAAGAGCAGAGACCGCUCCCAUCAGAGGUUUUACUCCCUCAUGACCAAGACUCAAAUGUUCAGCCGUUUCAUAGAAGAGUGCUCAUUCGUCAGCGAUAAAGAUGCUAGCCUGGCUUUCUUUGAUGAAUGUGUUGAUAAGGUGGACAGUGAGCGGCCGGAGGACACCAGACUGAUCGAACUGGAUGAAUCCCACCGCAGUGAGCACACAGUCUAUAUCAACCCUCCAGAGCUGCCUCCACUUCCGCAGGGAGAAGAGCAUCCUCUGUGCUAUAGCUACUCUGGAUUCCCUGUGCUGAAUGUUGAGCUUCUGGAGCCACUGGAGGGACAAAAUCCUCCAUCAGCAGGCAUGGCCUCGCGCCACAGCAGCCCAGCCAGCCCUACCGCCAUCUUUAGACGCUCGAAACAGGAGAUCAAAUCAGCUCAAAGGAUGGCCAAAACCUAUUCAUCUAUGCCUCAGAUGUGGUCCAAGUGUCUGUUGCGCCACUGCUAUGGCUUGUGGUUCAUCUGCCUGCCAGGAUUCGUCGGGACGUGCCACUCUAAGGUUCGAGCUCUGCGUACAGCUUACGAUGUGCUGAGGAGGAUGCAGGACAAGAAGCUACAGGCUCCAGAUGAGGUGUGUUACCGUGUGUUGCUGCAGCUGUGUGGCCAGUACAGCCAGCCUGUCCUGGCUGUCAAGGUGCUGUUUGAGAUGAAAAAGGCUGGAGUUCAACCCAAUGCCAUCACCUAUGGGUACUACAACAAGGCGGUGCUGGAGAGCACCUGGCCCUCCACCACCAGAGGAGGCUACUUUCUGUGGGGAAAGCUGAGGAACGUGGUCCUAGGUGUGCUCCAGUUCAAGCAAGCCGGGAGAAAACAACAGACUUCUCACAGAGAUCCUCAGCUUUCAGACGGCAGUGAUCUUGACACAGUCAGUCAUGGGAGUUUGGACAGUGCUAAUGACUCUGCUGAGCGAACCUCCAUCGACACUGACUUCACUAAAAUGGACUCCAGUGAUGAUGGAUUUAGUACAGGUGGACAGUCAGACCAAGGCUACGAUUCACUGUCCAAAGAGGAGGAGAGACUGUGCGGCAGAGAGAGUGACAGCACACCACUGGUGGAAGACAAAGCACAGAGCCAGUCCACACCUGAGACUGAAGUUCCAAUCAGCAGCAUAUCUCCUUCUGCUAAAAGCUACAAAUCAACAGAUGCCAGUGCAGGUAACGUUGACAGGCUGGUUUCCAGUCCAUGUAGUGAUGCCAUUCUGUGUGGAGUUCUGCCAAAGACAGAGAGGCCAAAAUCUCUAGACUUGUCUGGUGGACAGGGGAGCCUGAGGCUCACCGUGCCUCAUCCGGGCGCAGCGAAGCAGCAUCACGUAGCGGCUGAGAGACUGCAUGGAGUAGAGGAAGAGGAGACAGAAACUGAUAAACAGAAACCUCUGGUGGAGAGGAGUGUGAGCUGCAGUGAUGCAGUGGAGAGGCAAGACUUCCCCAUAGAGAGGAGUGUCAGCUUCAGUGGUGGAACUGUGAGGAGGACAGGUAUAGAGAUGGGAUUUGACCCCCUGUCACUGAUGGCAACCAAGGCGGUAGAGUGUGACCAGGACAACUGCAGCACACCUACCACCGGCCGCAACCUCGCCGAGGAGAUCGAGAUGUACAUGAAUAACGGCAACAGCCCUCUGAGCAGCCGCACGCCCAGUAUGGACCUGCAAAACCCCUCGAGCCCCUUGUUUCGAUCCCCUCCAUCUCCUCACACCUCACCAAGACCCUCCACUCUACUGCGCUCCAACACACACCUCCCACUGCCUGUCAAACCCAAAGAGAGGCUGAGGCCAUCACCCUCUCUUCCUCUGGGUGACAGGGAGAGGCCUUCCUCAUUAGUGUCACCCUCAUCUCCUACUCCGUCCACCUCAUCGUUCUCCAUGGACUCUCUCCUCACACCGACUCUGGACAUCUUUAAGAGCAGCGUCAUUUCAGCAGGGAAGGGUGUGGCUGAGAAGGCCAGCCGCCUUUACUCUCGUCUGUCGUCCCAGACUUCAUUAACACAGGAUGCAAACUGUGACAGGAUUAGUGUAUCCUCACUGACCUCAGGAGAGGCAGACUGCUCCUCGCUUCUUGAUAAUGACUCCUGUCUGGACCCAGACGGCUUUACCUCACCCCAGCAUGGCAGCAUGUCCCGACUCAGGAGGAGCCCUGUUGUGGGCCAUACUAACCUGGGCAGCCCCAGCACACCCAACAGAGUGUUCAGACACAACUCCUUCUCUGGUGGUUUGGCGCUUCCCUCUAAAACUCCUCACACUCCAGAUUCCUCCCCCGACACCAGCCGCUUCCAACCCACUCCCAAUUACACCAUAGAGGUACUUAUGUCCAGUUGCUCGUUGUGCAAGACGUGUGACUGUCUGGUGUAUGAUGAGGAGAUCAUGGCUGGCUGGACAGCAAAUGACUCAAACCUCAAUAGCACUUGUCCCUUCUGUGGCACAGCCUUCCUUCCUUUCUUGAAUGUGGAAAUCAAAGAUCUGAGACCACAGAGCAGGUCUUCUAAGCAAAGUAAUCCUGUUACUGAGGAGGACACGUCUGCGUCUCUCAAUCCCGAGGCCAAAAUGUCUGCGUCAGACUGUGCAGCUCAGUCACCUGCAGCUCCCCCGCAGAAGCAGGAGAGCAGUGGGAGUGCUGGGACAGCUGUGCCAGCCUCAGCCUCAGCCCCAGCCUCCGCCUCUGCUCCGGUGACGGUGCCCUACCUGAGCCCCCUGGUUCUGUGGAAGGAGCUGGAGAGCCUGCUGGUGAACGAGGGCGACCAGGCCAUCUCCUCUCCGAGUGUUGUUGACCAACACCCCAUAGUCUUCUGGAACCUCGUGUGGUACUUCCGAAGGCUGGAGCUGCCAAGCAACCUGCCAGCUCUAAUCCUGGCCUCCCAGCACUGUAGCCAAGGAGACGAGACUCCUCAAAGCGUUUCAUCCGAGGACAGUAAGCAGGUGCUGGUGAGGAUUAUGUGGGACAACCUGAAGUUGCACCAGGACAAAGUUCAGCCCUGCUAUGUCCUGUGGAACACACACUGUGCCAAUUCCCUGGUUCGCUCGGGGCUGUGUGAAGAAGGCCAGCUCUUCACUGUGGAGCUACUGCAGGGUUUUGUGAGGAGCAUUAAAAAGAGUGAUGUUUAUCAACCCAUGAGCCAGAUCAUCCAGCUGCUGGGGCCGGAGCUGGGUUUUAAGAGGCAGAGGAGCCUUUACAGAGAUUUAUUGUUCCUUGCUCUCGUUGCCUUGGGGAAGAACAACAUUAAUAUAAAUGCUUUUGACCGGGAGUACAAGUUGGCAUAUGAUCGCCUCACACCCAACCUGGUUAAACUGACACACAACUGUGACCGGCCCCCUGGAGCAGGGGUCAUGGAGUGCAGGAGGACUUUUAGGGAGCCCAGUUUGUAAACUACUUCUCUCCUUCUGUCCCAUUAUGUUUUUC